UACAGCUUUUAAAGGAUGAUGUACAGGAUUGUGGCUGCUUGCCUGUUCCUCGGUCUGUUCUCUGCAGGCUCCUCGCUGAGCUGCAGAUGGAUGGAUCAUAAAUUCAAACAGCACAACGAAGAAACUUUGAAUCUACUCGAUGCCAUGGCUAAUAACUCCACGAACAGCACCGAGCUGGAGGACACGGUGGUCUUCCCUAAUCAUCUGUACCGCCAGGCGUCCAAAGCAUCCGCUGAGGAGAAACUGGCUUUCACAGCUCAGAUUCUGGAGGAGGUGGCUGCCCUGUUUGAGGAGGAUCACAGCUCUGCAUCAUGGGAGGAGAGCACAGUGAGGAACCUUCUCAAUAUUGUGAACAAACAGGCUGAAGAGCUUCGCUCCUGUAUCGGGAGCCGCGGUCACAAGAAGAAGAACAGACAGUAUUUAAAGAGGCUCUCAGAUGAUGUCCUAAAGAAAAAGGGUCACAGUGCUGAAGCCUGGGAGCUGAUCAGGAAGGAAACCAAAGCCCAUCUAAUGAGAGCGGAACAGCUGACGUCAUCUCUGCGCCCCGCCCACUAA